GGAAAAUAUUCUUUUCAGUAUAUUCGCAAAUCUUUAUCGGUUAGCAUCGCGAUUCGCGGGAAAAUCGUGCCGAUAUUCUUCAGAGAGAGAGAAAGAGUGCUUCCGCCCAAGUUUCGGGCCAUCAGAUAGAGGAAUAAAAUAGUGUUAGUUUUUUUUUCGGGUUAAGUUCGGAGAAGAAACCCGCAAGAUCGACGAUAGUGACCGAAUAGUGCGAGAAAAAAAGAAAAACAGGAUUGCAAGUGGUUUUGAGUGGGUUCAGUUGUCUGUUAAAACACUCACCGAGUAGUGCAGUCGAGUGCAGUCCGUGCAGGCUCAAGUUCACGAGCGGGUGCGCCAAACCGUUCAGAUCCCCCAUCCCUUUUCCCCUGGAUCGCAACUCGCAUGCCAUGCGCGAUUCAAUUUCGCAGUUUUUCUCUUCAGCAGCGAGCCACCACCAUGACUGCCGGAAACACAGUUCAGAUUCCGACAACAGCUUUGCAGGACAUGUUUCAAUUAAAGACGUAUCAAAUGCAAGCUGGGGCUCCCAAAUCAUCGGCAACGGAGCAAAAGAUCCCAACGGGAGCAUCGGGCGAGGGGCGUCCGAAGCGGCAGAGACCGACUCAUCAGGGACCGGGGGGAUGCGGGACUCGCUGGAGGGGUCGGGCUCAGCGCAGAACGACCUUAUUCACCUCAAGAGACGGGUGGGACUCUUCAGUGGGGUGGCUUUAAUUGUCGGAACGAUGAUCGGGUCUGGAAUCUUUGUAUCGCCAUCUGGCUUACUGGUGCGAACUGGUUCCGUUGGUGUGAGCUUUAUUAUAUGGAUGGCCUGUGGAUUGCUCUCAUUGUUAGGUGCAUUGGCGUACGCUGAGUUAGGCACGAUGAACACAUCCUCCGGAGCAGAAUGGGCCUACUUCAUGGACGCAUUCGGCGCCUGGCCGGCCUUCCUGUUCUCGUGGGUCUCGACGUUGGUACUCAAGCCAUCCCAGAUGGCCAUCAUCUGCCUGUCGUUUGCGCAGUACGCCGUCGAAGCCUUCGUUGCCGAAUGCGAUCCACCGUUGACUGUUGUGAAAAUGGUUGCAAUAUUGGCGAUUGUGAGCAUUUUAUUUGUAAAUUGUUAUAGCGUUAAUUUAGGGAUGGCAGUACAAAAUGUCUUUACCUCUGCAAAACUGGUUGCGGUGCUGAUCAUCAUUUGCGGCGGCGCCUACAAACUGUUCCAAGGCAACACCCAACAUCUACAGCAUGCAUUUAGCGGACCGACGCCGUCGCUCGGAGCGAUCGCGACGGCCUUCUACACCGGUCUGUGGGCCUACGACGGGUGGAACAAUCUGAACUACGUCACCGAGGAGAUCCAGAAUCCGAGCAAGAAUCUACCCCGCUCGAUCAUCAUCGGCAUUCCGCUGGUGACGCUGUGCUACGCGCUGAUCAACCUGUCCUAUCUGGCCGCCAUGUCCGCGACCGAGAUGAUCGAAUCGGAAGCCGUGGCGGUCACCUUUGGCAACCGUAUCCUGGGCGCGCUGGCUUGGCUGAUGCCGCUCAGUGUCACCAUCAGUACAUUUGGCAGCGCCAACGGAACCCUGUUUGCCGCCGGAAGGCUGUGUUUUGCCGCUAGCCGCGAGGGACACUUGCUGGAUAUUCUGUCGUACGUGCACGUUCGCCGUCUGACACCGGCUCCCGGACUGAUUUUCCACUCGUUGAUUGCCGGUGCGAUGGUCAUGUACGGCACCAUCGACUCGCUGAUCGAUUUCUUCAGCUUCACGGCCUGGAUCUUCUACGGUGGCGCGAUGCUGGCUCUGAUAGUGAUGCGUUAUACCAAACCCAACUACCCGAGGCCCUACAAAGUUCCAAUUAUCAUUCCAAUACUGGUUAUGAUCAUUUCCGGUUACCUAGUGGUGGCGCCCAUCAUCGAGAAGCCACAAAUCGAGUACCUGUACGCAGUGAUGUUCAUCUUUGCCGGACUCAUCUUCUACGUACCGUUCGUGCUAUGGGGCUACCAUCCCAAGUUUAUGGGCAACUUCACCCUCUUCUUCCAAAUGCUGUUUGAGGUCGUUCCGACCACUUCGAUGGCCAUGUUUGAUUGAACUGAUUGCACCUAUGGUAGGCAGCUUCGGAGCAGUUAAGGAGAACAGAGCUUGACACCAAAGAAAGAGAACAAUGGACGGACAAUUUGAGAGAAUGCACUUAAUCAAUCCAUGAAUUAUCAAACCCUUAAACACCCUACUAUUCAACACUAAUCAAUCUAUCGAACUGUGCAAGCAAAGUCAUACUGUUACUAAAGAAAAGCUGUAAUAAUCUUACAUUGCUUAUGAGAUGAGUAGAAUGAUAAAUUUACAAGCCAAGCCCCAUGGCUGGCGGUACACUUAAAGUGCACAUAAAUUUGAAUAGCAAUAACAUUGUAAACUAGGGUCAGCCCCGAAGAAUGUGCCAAUCAGCAGAAAAGCGCAAAGUUUGCGGAACCAUCCGGAAGGGAGUCGCGGAACAGUGCAAGCAAGAACAUCGAAUUACGUAAUCGUUUUUUGUCCAUGAUCACAUCCUAACAUCCAAACCACGUGAAACACUGAAACAACAAAACAAGCAACAGUAAAGACACAAACACUGCUCAAAAACAAAAGAUGAAAACCAAACAACAACCAAACCAAACCUGAAAACAGAAUGAAAUAUUUUCAUUUUUGUUUAAUUUUUUGGAAACAUAUACGUAUACAGGAGAAGAAACAAACGGUUCAGAAAAUGCAGAGAGAGAUAUUGGACGCCAUCUAUCUACAAACGCGCGCGUGCACUGUGCAUGCAAAAAAAAACAAAAGACUAUUUUUGUAAGGGAAACGAACCCGCAAAUCGGAGGAAAGACCAAUCAAUCAAUCAGAAUUUCUUUAAGGGAAAAGUUAACAUCUUCGUUUAGGCAGAUUUCUUUCUUUCUUACUUUCUGGGAAGAUUAGCGAGGAUGGAACGCAUUCUGCUGUGCAGCAGUAGUCAGCUGUUUAAUAUCUUCUAUGGUCUGUAUACUAUUUAGCGACGGAAAGUUUAUCUCGCCCCUUAACCGGUGAGAGUGGUUAAUGUUUUUACUCAGAAAAACAAGUGUGAUAUUAUGGAACGAAAAGAUAACUGAAUUUGGACGAUGAUUGGAAUAAUCGAUUUGGAUUUGAUUAGCAUCUCACUCACAUACUGCUUUAAUUGUAUGGCCAUUCUCGUUUGAAACCGUGGACUUUCGGGACUAUGAAAAAAAGGUAGAACAACUGAAUUAGGUUUUUCAAAUUGUUGAACUCCUCGCACCUUAAUCGGUGUUGAGAUUUCGUCAUUGCAGUAUUGUACAAAUCCAUACAAGAGAAGUUAUACUGAAUUUGAGUUGGCUUGGCUCUAACAAUCCUGACCUUCUUUUUCGAACACCAUCAGCGAACAAAAAGAAUCAUAAAGCGUUAUCCUCACAUAUCGGUGUCAAACGAAAACUAUUCCAGGAAUUUCACAAGUCUGAUACAUUAGAAAGAGAUAAUAUUGUAGGUUGUUCGGAAAAUACCGGCUUCGUCAAUACCAGCACCUAUUAUCGUCAGGGGCUUAAUGAAAGUCCUUGAGCGCUGGGUUCUUGCGAGAGGAUGCAUCAUGUUUCAAAUUGAGCGCUCAAUGACUAAAGUUACCCCUUGACGGUAAUAGGUGAAAGAAUUGACGGAUACAUAAAACACCCUCUCAACGUAAUUCUAUAUUCAAAUUUUAAUUCAGAAUGUUCUUAGGACUUCAUGUGGAAUGCAAGAUGCAGUGGCUUCAAUUUAUACAGAGAAAUUUCAUUUCACUCCUAAAGAGAGGUCCAGAGAACUCUCAGAAGAUUUCAAAAACAACUUCAUAGCCCACAGGGCAAACAAUUUACGUAAAAAAAUAAAAUACUUUAAAGUUCAAAAACCACAUCUUCAGUAGUGAAACGGUUUCAGCGAGAAAGAUUCAUAAAUGCCUAACUUUAAGACAUUUUCAAUUAGUAAAUGCAAUGAUUCAAACGUAAAAAAAAAUAAAAAUAUCCAUGGAAAUACUCAAAAAGUGAAGCUGCACGGAUCAUUCCCGAAUGGUCGUUCCCCGAAUGUUCUUGUAUAGUUAAAUAUUUUAGCUGUGGUUUUGCCUGUAUUUUUUUUUAUAGUCAUUAAAGGGUGGCAGGUAAAGGCCACAACAUUAUUUUUGGGGAACGACCAUUGCCUCGCCAGCUUGGUGCAGGAGUUGGCGAGACCGAAAUUGUUGGCAAAUCAGACACAAACAAGUCACACUUGUUUGGCAUCGCUUGAGGAAUUUUAAUCAUCUCUACUAGUAGGGUAACUGAUGAGUGAAUUUAAAGGGAAACCAUGAACACCCACGCUCGCUCUCACUGAGGGGCCCAAAGUGUUAGUUGUGAACUGUUGAGCUUUACAGGAAAAGAGAUCUUACUGUUGUAUAUAGGAUUUUAUUUUAUUUUUUUACUACAUAAUAUCAACAUGAUAAACUUGUGUCGUUUGUUUGUAAAGUGAGCAUAUGGUUCGAUCGGUACACUAUGGAGCUAUCAUUCCGUACCGGCGGAUCGUCUGAAAAUUAGUUUAGCUGCUUAUUUUUUUUAUUUAUUUUGCCCCAAUUUUGUACUUGAUUGCAGUUUAGUAGGCACUAGAAGCCAGAAAUCGAAGGCAACUCUUUUUUGAGAUUACAUAAUCGACAACUGAAACAGAGAUUCGCUGUGAACAUCCAAAUUGAGCUAGUUUUGAGGCUCUAUCGCUGGCAGAUCAAAGAUCUCGAAGACGAGAAGCGCCCCUUAAAAAAGUGAUAGUUUAGUAAGGUAACCAAUCUUAUGCAGCUGGAAAGCGAAACGUACUUACUGAUUUGGUAAAACAAAACCUAGAAUGGUUCAAAACAGAAGACGAUAAAGAGGAUACCACAAAUAUUGAAACAAGUUUAAAGCAACCAAUUUGGAAUAAAGAGUAAAUUAUUUUACCAAAC